AUGGAUCGAGAGAGUGUAUUGAGAUUAGAGGCGCCGAGAAGAGAGUUGAUUUCCCGUGCGCGCUCCUUCAGUCUUGCCACCUCGAAAAACCGUUGCAAAAAAAUGGAUAACGAGAAGGCGUUAAGAUUCGAACUAGAAUGCCGUCGAACUGGAAAAUGUCGUGAAAUCGUGGCAGAUGUACAACACAGUCGAAUGCCACGUCACAUGGAGCAAGAGGCUUGCUCAUUGGCCGCCAAAAGCAUUAUGACUUAUCACUUGGAACAUGAUAUUGCACGACAUCUCAAACUGACGUUCGACAGAGAAUAUGGACCAGAUUGGCACUGUAUUUGUGGAAAACACUUCGGAUCUUUUGUAACUUUUGAACCAGAUAGUUUCAUUUAUUUCCGGAUCGGAACAAUUGCUUUCAUGCUCUUCAAAACUUCUCUUCAACGAUUGCCAAUUAUGGAAAAACAUCUGGAAAAUGUGAAGCUGACACCGAAAACCAUCCUCGGAAGGAGCAGAUUGAUGGCUCCGAAAAGUGAAGAUGAUGAAGAAAGUACAAGUGCUUCUGAUGUAUCUUGA